AUGGUCUUUCAUCUCUCUGCCCCUCUUCCGCGUUUUUCCACCACGAAAGGUCGAUUCUCAGCAACCAACAAGGGGUUCGUAUAUGCCCGCUUCGGAUUGUCUGAGCUUAUCGAGGUCUGUGCUCCGCGCGAUGUUGGGUCGUUCCAUCCGUAUAUUCACAUAGAAGCGACGCAGAUGACGGAGGAACACCAACGAACAACGCACUUGGACUCGGUCGUACCGCCAUCUACGCAGCUUCACCUUCUCAACCUCUUUGGCGGUGACAACACGCCGUACGAGUCUUUACACGUCGUGGUAAAGCUGUGGUGUUAA